CUAACGAUACAUCAAGGAAUAUAGCCUAAAUUAAUUCUCCACUAUCGUAAUGAAGUUGUUUACGCUAUUUACUUAUAAUGUGGAAAUUCAAUACAAAAGCUACCUUCUCUCGAAAGCAAUGUUUUUCAUAUUGCUGACAAAUGGACUUAUUAUUAUCCUGCCAUUCGUUUUUGCAUACGGGGGUCGAGGGUUUUGGUUAAAGUCCCAGAGUUACUUUGAACAACCGGUGGUACAUUUUACAUACGACUAUCUUUUAGUGGCAGAGACCGAUGAUCCUAGUCAGCCAAUAGUGUGUGGUAAUGACAACUAUGAUCAUGAUGAAUACUGUGCUGAAUUUCAGGUGGAUGAGCAUGAUAAUAAUGGUGAUGGAACUAAUGAUGUAUUGGAACUCAAAUUUCUUCUCCAAAUUCCUCAAGUCAAGCCAUUAGCUUCAAUAGUUCUACUUUUAGGAUUGGACUUCCAAUUAAAGACUGUAUGCCCCCUUCACAUGCAGGGUUUGGCAAUAAUAACUAAGGAAUUUUCUCUACCACCCUCUGCAUUCAUUUACUACGGAGACUUGACAUUACAUCAGGCCUCCCACUUGCCAUGUCGUCCAAACACUAUAGACACUAUUUAUAAUACAUCUUUAUUCAGAUACUUGGAAAAGAAAGAUAAAGAUGUUGUAAAUGCUAUUUUAGAAGAUUACUUUAUCAGAGAAGCUAUUAUUGACACUAAAACAUUACACUCUAGAAGCCAGAAUGGACAUACUGGAACAAUGAAUAUCAAAAUACGACUAAGAAUACCUGAAAACCUAGUACUGUAUACACCAAGCCUUCUGCAGGAGGUCAAAUGGGCGUGGCCACAGUAUCUAUCUAUGGCAGUAGUGUUUUACUGGAUUUUUAAUAGAAUCAAAAAGUUCGUUUUCAGCAAUCGCUUACUGAUGGCAUGGGAAGUAGUUACGUGGAAGAAACUGUAACUACAAAGCUGUACCGUUUAAAUAAUCAUAUAAUUUCCCAAAA